GUGGCGUUGCCGUGGCGACCGCGCCGCGCCGCCUGGCCGCGAGGUUUGUGAGUCACCGGCGCGGCGCGCCCGCCGAGGAGCAGGUGCCGGCCGGGCUGGGCCGCGGGGCGGCGGGCUCACCGAUGAGGCUUUGCCGAGCCAACACCCCGGGAAAGGUAAAGGGCCGCCGGCCCGCGUCUCCGGAGCGGGCCGCACCUGUGGGAGCUGGGGGUGCUGGGCGCCCCCGUCCUGCGCCUGAGUCCCGGUGACCGUGCCUCGGGAACCCUUUCUGCCAUAGAAAUAUACGGUUUAGGGAAAUGGAGUCGCCCAGGUCUUCAUUCUGAGCCAAAGAAGGCAACUGAAGAAGAACGCAUGCAUUGCCCAAGAGUCAGUCAAUCACGUCCAAUUAACUGUCCAUAUAUUCCAGGUGAGGAGCAAAUGGGGUGCACCCACUCAGGCCCAAAGCCUAAGCAAAGGUCGGUGGACAGUCUUUCCUCUAAGUCUGCAGAGGGCCGCUUUCGGAAGGAAGGGGCCGCCACGCAGCAGGUGCCGGCACGUGGAGUCAAAGCGGGUGGAGGCACUGUCGUCCCUCAACCCCCGAGACUGGGCCCUGGGCCGGCAGCUUGGAAGGCUGCCCGGGGCUGGAGCACAGUCACGCGUCAGAAGAACCUCCGUGGGACAAAGGGCUGCAAUCGCUUGGCAAGUUUAUCCACUUCGUCACAGUCCAGGGUGGGUGUGGGCAGGGGACUGCCUGUCACACCGUCAUUUCAGGGGGGUGGAGAGAGGAUGGACACCCUGGCGGUGUGUCUCGGUGGGGGCGUCGUCCUACACACUGAAAGUAUUGAAAGUAAGCUCGACUACUAUGGGACAGACACCAAAGGGCCUGCUGGCCUGGGCGUGCUGGCCGACGGGGAACGGGCCUGCGGGAGCUGUGGAGCGACGGAACGUUCGCAUCGUGUUUGGGUGCUCACACUGGGACUCGAGGGCCUGCUUCAGAAGCUGGUCGUGGGGCAUUACUCACGGGCUCAUUCCCGUGUGGCUAGGCCCGUGAGGUGUGGUGGGAACACGGUAAACGGCCAAGCCGUCCUGGUGCAGGACGUGACGCCCACGAAUCUAGUCCCUGUGCUUUGGCCGUCACACAGACGUCUGCUUCGCUGCAGACUUACUAAAUACCUGGCUGUUUCCUUCCUUCUAGAGAAACGCGGGGCAAAGGUAACAUCAGGCAGGAACAAAGUUGUCAUUCCACAGAUCGUCAUCACUUCGGCCUCAAAUGAGACUCUCACCUGUUCCCUCGGGAGCCAAGAGCAGAGGACCAUUCACGAGGAGAUGGAAUGGGGCCCCUAUGCCCGACACAGGAAUCCCAGUACAAUAGACGCCUAUGCUUUACAGACUAAAGAAUAAACGGCCACCUGA